AUGUAAGAGCGCUCAGAGGCAGAAGAAAUGAGCAGAGGAACAGUGAAAGAGCCGCACGGAUGCCAGCGCAACUUCACACUGAUCAUCGUGUUGCUCGUAGUCAACUGCGGGGCAGAGAUUCCUUCAGACACAAAUGUGGUGGCCGCCUCCAGUUGGAACAUGUCCAGUGGCGCUGAAAGAGAUCUCUUUCUCAGGCUGGAUGCUCCAAUGAAUAACAUCACUACCUCCCUCGGACAGACAGCUGAGUUACAUUGCCACGUUUCAGGGAAUCCACCACCCACAGUCCGCUGGCUUAAAAACGAUGCCCCUGUGGUCCAGGAACCGCGGCGUGUCUCUUACAGGCCCACUUUGUACGGCUCCCGCCUGAGAAUCCGAAACCUGGACACCACAGACACCGGCUACUUUCAGUGUGUGGCUACCAACACCUAUGGCACAGUAUCUACCACAGGAAUCCUGUUUGUCAAGUUUGAUCCGGCUCCCACCCCUCUGCCUGGAAGGCCUUCACCAGAGGAUUUUGAAGAGGAAGGAUUCUGCCAGCCGUAUAGAGGGAUUGCGUGUGCUCGCUUCAUAGGAAACAGGAGUAUCUUCGUGGACUCGCUGCAGAUGCAGGGCGAGAUUGAGACCCAAAUCACAGCGGCGUUCACCAUGAUUGGCACCUCCAAUCACCUGUCAGAUCGCUGCUCCCAGUUUGCAAUCCCGUCCUUGUGCCACUUUGCCUUCCCGACAUGUGACCGCAGCUCUGGCAUGGACAAACCGCGGGACUUGUGCAAGGACGAGUGUGAGAUUCUGGAGAAUGACCUGUGUAAGACAGAGUACAUCAUUGCUCGUUCCAACCCCCUCAUCCUCAAGCGCCUCAAACUGCCCAACUGUGAAGACCUGGCCUCUUCGGACAGUCCCGAGGCUGCCAACUGCAUGAGAAUAGGCAUUCCAAUAGCUGAGACCAUAAAUAAAAGCCACAAAUGUUAUAACAACAGUGGUUCAGACUACCGCGGGACAGUCAGCGUGACUAAAUCUGGUCGUCAGUGUCAACCGUGGAACUCGCAGUAUCCCCACAGCCACACCUUCCUGGCCAUGCGUUACCUAGAGCUCAACGGGGGACAUUCCUACUGUCGCAACCCCGGCAACAAGCACGACGCUCCCUGGUGCUUCACCCUAGAUGAGAGUGUGCGCAUGGAGCUCUGCAACAUUCCUCCAUGUGAUUUGCCCAAGCAUGGCAGCAGCAGUAUGGGGAUCCUGUACAUUCUGGUACCAAGCGUUGCUAUUCCGCUAGCCAUCGCCCUGCUGUUCUUCUUCAUCUGUGUGUGUCGAAACAACCAGAAAGCCUCACGUCCACCAGCCCCACGCCAGCCCAAACCGGUACGCGGUCAGAACGUGGAGAUGUCCAUGCUCACGGCAUACAAACCAAAGUUGGGCGAGAGCAACUUUGGUAAAAUCUACAAAGGCCACCUGUACCUGCCAGGCAUGGAGCAAGCUCAGCUAGUGGCCAUAAAAACACUGAAGGACAUCUCAAGUGCACAACAGUGGGGCGAUUUUCAGCAGGAAGCAUCUGUCCUGGCAGAACUUCAUCAUCCCAAUGUGGUUUGUCUGCUGGGUGUCGUGACCCAGGAGCAGCCUGUCUGCAUGCUCUUCGAGUUCCUAGCUCAAGGGGACCUCCACGAGUUUCUCAUCAUGCGCUCUCCCCACUCAGAUGUGGGCUGCAGUAGCGAUGAAGACGGUACCGUCAAGUCUAGCCUCGACCAUGGAGACUUUCUUCACCUGGCCAUUCAAGUCGCAGCCGGGAUGGAGUACCUCGCAAGCCAUUUUUACGUCCACAAAGACCUUGCGGCAAGAAACAUCCUGGUUGGUGAGCAACUUCACAUCAAGAUCUCCGAUCUUGACUUGUCAAGAGAAAUCUACACCUCAGAUUAUUACCGAGUCCAGCCCAAAACGCUCCUUCCUAUUCGCUGGAUGCCACCAGAAGCCAUCAUUUACGGGAAAUACACAACAGACUCUGACAUUUGGGCCUUCGGUGUGGUUCUGUGGGAGAUCUUCAGCUUCGGCCUGCAGCCCUAUUAUGGUUUCAGCAACCAGGAAGUGAUGGAGAUGGUGCGGAAGAGGCAGCUGCUGCCCUGCCCGGAGGAUUGCCCCCCUCGCAUGUACAUGCUGAUGGCCGAGUGCUGGCAGGAGGGUCCCACUCGACGGCCGAGAUUCAAAGACAUCCACGCCCGACUACGUGCUUGGGAGGGUCUGUCUUCCCACGCCAGCUCCAGCACACCAUCAGGAGGCAACGCCACCACCCAGACUACCUCUCUGAGCGCCAGCCCCGUCAGCAACCUCAGCAGCCCGCGCUAUGCCGGCUACAUCUACGGACCUCCACAGAGCCUUGUACCGGGACAAAUCGCGGGCUUCAUGGCAGCGCCGAUGCCUCAAAACCACCGUUUUAUACCUGUAAAUGGAUACCCUAUCCCAACAGGCUAUGCUGCCUUCCCUGCUGCCCAUUUCGCUCCAUCUCAGGGCCCUCCACAGAUGGUGCAUCACGGCCCUCCGCCGAAGAGCCGGUCACCCAGCAGCGCCAGCGGCUCAACCAGCACAGGUCACGUAACCAGCAUCCCCUCCACAGGCUCCAAUCAUGACGCCAAUACUCCUUUGCUUUCUCAUUGUGUCACACUGACACCCAUGACAGCAGUGUCAGGUGGCACAAUGCCAGUUUUUGGACAUAUGGCACAGAAGACUAUGCAAAUAGACCCAAGUCAAGCAGUGCUGCUGGCUGACACUAACAGACUGAUGUACAGUGAAUCCAUCAUUACUGCCGAUUUGUGAAUACAUGUGUUGUCCUGUAUAUUGAUUUAUUGAAUUAUUGAUAUUUUAAUGUUUUUUUUCUUCCUUGUAAAUAUGAAAUAGCCUGAACAAAAUGCGAAAGUUUAUAUUUUGUUGUUUUAUAAAUGUGUUUUAAAGGAAACUUGUAUAUUCACAAAUUCUCUGUGAAGUUCAUGCCACUUUUUCAACUUAGUAUGACUAUACAUGGCCUUAAAAUGUCCUUUUUUUCAAACAGAACUUUGAAAUCAUGCUCUUUCAAGGUUAUUUUCUACAGAGCUGUGGGUUUAUCACCAGUUUUGUCUGCUUUUUCACUCAUCGACGACUUCCUGGAAGGCUUCAGAAUGUCUUGGUCUCUGUCCCGUCGUUGCAUUUUGGACUUAUUGAAUCAGUUAAAUUGCAUUAAUAUUGCGUUGAAAUCCAACCCUAUAGCCGACGUUUCCAAAUUAAGGUAAUAGUUUUGCAAAAAUAUAUCACUGAUGCCUUAACAUGAAAAAAAAUGUUGCUUUAAUUAUAGCCACCAUAUGUUGCCUGCAUGUUAUUAUAAAUGUAGGCAUUUGUACAUGUGGGAGAGAAUGUGUUCUGUGACAUUCUUCUGUUACUGUGGUGGCAUUCAAGUCAUUUUAACACAAGAGACACACCAGGGCUGCGUUCGCUGUAAGCCAAUAAGCCAGUGACUUCUCAGGCAACAUUUGCGUUUCUAAGGUACAUCCUGAAACUGAUUUCAGCAGGCUUCUGAAGUGGCAUAACGGUCUAAUGAUCUACAACAAAAUAGC